AUGAAGCUCAGCCGUUAUGAAGUUUUGUUUAUAGUUGAACUUUUAAUUGGAACACGGUUAUCUUUAAUUAUGUCUUUGGGCACUAAUCAAAAUUUUCUAUAUGAGAAAUUACAAAACUACGGAUUAGGUAAGCGUGUAAUACCGAAUUAUCGACGAAUGAAUCUGGCAUACCCUUACCCUGAACCUCUUCGUUCAUCACCAUCUCCCUUUGUUUGGUCACCUUACCGCAACAUAUACCAAGGCGUACGAAGAAAAAGUGACCACAGGAUUUAUAACAAAAAAUUUAAUUACGCGGCGAAGUCUUUCGGACAUCACGUCUUUUGUGAGGCAAUGGUUGCCUGCCAAAUAACGCACAUGGCGGUAGAAACCAACGAUGGCAUUCCGAUUAUACUCCGUGGUGGUGCCGGGUACAAUUAUUUUAAAAUCAUCAUAAAAGCUGAAGCCGGGGUACGUUUACAGGGUUCCGUGAAGGCCUACUGCAAAAGCAAGGAUAAUAAUUAG